UGUGUCUUGUGCCUAAAGGGGGCGGGGCUGGAAGAGUUCCUCACCCUCGUGUGUUUGAAGCAGUCAGCUGAGCACAACUUGUGCGGACGCGGCUCUAACCUCGUACAACAUGCAGGAUCACAUGGAAAACGUUUAACCCUGUGCAGUUUGUCAUUCCACCGUGUAAAGAAAACAAUCCAGUUAAACACCCUACCUUUUAAUUCAACUUCUCCGUUCUUUUCAAGUGAAGAUUAUCAAUUUGAAGGCUGUUGCACAGGGUUUUGGAGGUGCAUGUGACUGCUCAUCAACUGAAGUGAUUCUGAAUAUGGCCUUAGCUGGAUGCCCAGACUACUUCCUCCACCAUCCAAACUACCAGGACAAUGUUGACCGGACUCCUUCUCACAGACCGUCCAAUCUCAUUGGUUCAAGCUUCCAGCAGUCGUCCAAUCUGAACUCUCCUAAUCACCCAGAGGAUGAUGUAGAUCUGGAGGCCCUGGUGAAUGACAUGGCCUCUCUUUCAUCCUAUGAGAGUGUCUAUGCAACCUGUGGGACCCAGCAUUCAGACUCCGCCCCCCUCUUGCACCGUACCGAUGGCAGUGGGCUCCAUGGCAACAGAGUGGCCCCGCAGCUACGGGCCCCUAGUAAUAAAGUCACCGCCCCCCACUCUCCAGCUCAAAAGCUCCGGCGAUCUCAGCCAAUGCACAUACAGGCAGUCAGGCGACUUCAAGAAGAAGAGUUGCAAGUUCGUCCGGCGUCUUUGCCAGCUAUUCCGAACCCUUUCCCUGAGCUCUGCAGUCCCUCGGGAUCUCCUGUGCUGAGUCCUGGAUCUCUGCCACAGCCGUCGGAGUCACAUAUCAUCAAAGUUUUCAGCGAGGAUGGUGUGGGAAAAGUUGUGGAGGUCCCUGCCGACAUGACUGCCAGAGAUGUGUGUCAGUUCCUUGUCUACAAGAACCACUGCCUGGAUGACAACUGCUGGUCGCUAGUGGAGCAUCAUUCUCUGCUUGGUCUGGAGAGGUGCCUGGAAGAUCAUGAACUGGUGGUUCCAGUACAGGCCUGCAUGUCUCCAGAGAGCAAGUUUCUCUUCAGGAAGAACUAUGCCAAGUACGAGUUUUUCAGAAACCCACUGAACUUCUUUCCGGAGCAGAUGGUCGCGUGGUGUCAGGAAUCUAAUGGCUCUAUCCCACAGUCCCAGCUCUUACAGAAUUUCUUGAAUUCCAGCAGCUGUCCAGAGAUCCAGGGCUUCCUUUAUUUGAAAGAGACAGGCCGAAAGUCCUGGAAAAAGCUCUACAUGUUCUUGCGCCGUUCUGGGCUGUACUGCUCUACUAAAGGAAUGUCUAAGGAGCCAAGACACCUGCAGUUACUGUCGGACUUGGAGGAGAGCAAUAUUUUCACUGUGACAACAGGCAGAAAGAUGCACAAUGCGCCCACAGACUACCAAUUCUGCAUUAAGCCCAGUAAGGGCAGGACAGAACAGAAGGAGUUGAAGAUGCUGUGUGCUGAGGACGAGCAGAGCCGAACGUGCUGGAUGACUGCUUUCAGACUGCUCAAGUUUGGAAUUCUGCUAUAUCAGAACUACAAGACCCCACACCAGAGAAAGACUGCCAUAUCAAACUUCACCACACCUGUGCGGAGUGUGUCCGAGAAUUCGCUGGUUGCCAUGGAUUUCUCAGGAAGGACGGGUCGUGUGAUUGACAACCCUGUGGAGGCUCAAAGCGCUGCCAUGGAAGAGGGACACACUUGGAGAAAGCGAAGUCAGAGAAUGAAUGUUUUGGGAAGCCCCAGUCCUCUACAUCCCUCACCGUUAAGUUCAGUGAUUCACAGGACGCAGUUAUGGUUUCACGGCCGCAUUAUGAGAGAAGAAUCCCACAGGAUGAUUAUGCAGCAGGGCCAAGUUGAUGGAUUAUUCCUAUUGAGAGACAGCCAGAGCAAUCCAAAAGCAUUCGUUCUUACGUUGUGCCAUCAUCAGAAGAUUAAACACUUCCAGAUUUUACCUUUUGAGGAGGACGGCCAGGUCUUUUUUAGCCUUGAUGACGGCUCUACCAAGUUCACAGACCUGAUCCACCUGGUAGAGUUCUACCAGCUCAACAGGGGUGUCCUGCCCUGCAAACUCAAACACCCCUGCACCAUGGUGGCCUUAUGACCCCCUCUUGAUCCUUAUAAACAACACACACACACGUGUAACUGAGAAACUGGAUGUUUUUUUUUUGUUGUUGUUUUUUUUUAAUAAUAAUUUCCAGUCAUUUUCACAAUAAGCUGACGCAACCCACGGGCAUGAAAAUGAUCUCCAUUUUUCUCACUGCCCUGGGAUUAGCAUAAAACGUUUGGGAAUAAUUAUGGGACAAGAUCAACUUCCCACACACCCUGUCCUUUGUUUUUGACAUGGGUGCCUGAUUUUUUUUUAUUUUUUAAACAGUCUCUGUGGUGAUAUUCAUGAACUUUCACUGAAUUCAAGACUUUUUCAUCAUUCAGGACAUGACAGUAGACACACCCCCCCCAUAAACUGAUUGGAUCGGGACGGUCAUUUUGUGUGGUGUGUCUGCAGGGACUUGCAUUGCAAAAAGUUACUUGAUGACAAUUGAUAUGUAUUAUGUUAUUUCCUACCUGAACAUUUUGCACUCUCAAGCUGAAAACAGGUGUGAUCCACUUCAUCCUGAGCUUACCGCAACAACUGUUACCCAUUUGCCUUCCUCCUACCGUUCACCCUUUCUGUUGUUUGUCCUCUUUUAAACUCUUCCUGGGAAUUCCCUGUGUAAUGAUGGGAUUAGUGCAAAGGCAAUGACAGUAGUGACCAUGUGAGGUGUGACAUCCUCAGUGACAGCCAAAUAACGUAACUCAGUCUUUCAUACAUCGCUAUAUCUAUGUCAGCGAGGAGGGACUAGCCGCAAGGGGUGGCAGACUUGCACUUCAAUAAAUUAUACUUGAUUGCUAUGCUUUACAAGCAUAAGAAUUAGUUAAGUUUGGAGUUCUAAUCAAGCUUUGCCUUAAAGGAAUGCUCGGGGUUAAAUAUAACUUAAGCUCCAUCGACACUAUCUGUCACAAGCUGUUGAUUACAACAGAAAAUGUACAAAAAGCGUGUCGGCAGUCACCUGCUUAUAAUGCAACUCUAUGGGGUUACAAACCCUUUUUCUCAAUGGACUUGCUUUGUAAGUGGAUUUCAAUCAACAUAUUUGUUUUUCAAUUUGUUUCCAAAAUGUCAAACAAGUAUUCGUCAUAAUUGACCACAUAUGCACACCGCAGCUUAAAGGGACAGUUCACCCAAAAUAUUGAAAAUUGUAAUGUCAAAAUUGUCAUCAUCAUGUCAUUCCAAAGGUGUAUGACAGUCUUUCUUCAGUGGAACACAAAAGAAGAUAUUUUGAAGAAUGUUUUUGUCCUCAAAAUGAAAGUCAGUAGUGUCAAAACAUUUUUGGAACCCACUGACUUUUAUUCUACGGAGAGAAAAAAAUAUAUAUAUUUGAUUUAAAUUUAUUUUAAAUAUUUGAAAUUUAUAGUAAUAUAUUAAUGUAUAUAUUAUAAAUGUAUUGUAUUUAUAUUAAUAUUUGAAUAUUUGAAUAUUCUAAUAUUUUCUUUUGUGUUUCACAGAAGAAAAGUCUUUGGAAUAACUUGAAGGUGAGAAAAUUAUAGAAUUUGUUUUAGUAAACUGUCCCUUUAAAAUGUAUUUAACUCAGAAAGUAGGAAUAGUGUUUAGUGCUCAAGGGUUAACGAUCAGUAACCACGAUGUGUUCGUUAAUAUCUUUUGAAAACUAUCCACAUCAUGUUAAUCCAGAUCACUUUUUUCUGUUUAGGAAGACAAAGCCCUAUUUAAACCGUUUCGCUCCCGGCAUUAAAAAAUGCCCUAUAUAUCGAUUGUGCGUAGUUUAUAUUUGGAGUCAUUAAAAACUUGAUUCGGGCCUUAGAAUGCAACUGAAACUUGACCUAGGCCUCGUAUCCCAUCCUGAGCACAAUUCAAGAGGGUUAUUAUUCGUUCAAUUCACUGACUCCAGGUCAUGUUACUUUGCGAACGUACCUAGUUAGUGUAAGCCCGAAGCUUAACAACUGCCUUUUCAAAUCACUGUGCUGUUCUUGAGCCAUGUUAAAACCCUAAAAGUGACAGGCCAGGCCCGGACUGAGCGCCUGCAGGGAUCGGUCGCGCACACGGUUGAGGACUUUGCUAAGUCACGUCUCACGGGUGUGUCUGUAAUCCUCCGGGGCUGAGUGUGACAUAAUGCGGUGAGGAGAUUAUCUCGCGUGCCAGCUUUGCUACAAGGAGGUUAGCGGCAAAAGCUGGUGUACGGUUACCUGCGGCGCUACUUCAGCAGUCUCCUGUCUGUCCCCGACGUCCGCCUUGUUACCCUUCAACACUGGCCCAGCAAGACUAAGCUAUGGUUUUUUUUAUAUGCUGACAGCUGACUGUUAUACUGCUGAGCUAGAACCACACGCGCCUAGGACGAGAGUGUGUAUGAUGCACACUGCGAUUGUGAAACACUUUAUGAUACCACAUAAGCACCUUUUUUAAUUUUCACAUACGAUUCACGCUGUUUAACUUAUGUGAAAUGCUUUUGAGGACGUUUUUCAUCUCAGAUGUUAGCUACGAUUCUGAUCUGCCUUAUCUUAUGUUAUCGCUUCCUUGCCGCUUCAUACCUAAUUCGAAUUUGUAAAUUGUUACGAAAUGUGGAAAGUACACGCAUUACGCAUUCAGUGUCUGGGAUUGUGGUUGACUAUCAUCAUGUUGUUUCAAUUUAGUAGCCUAAUUUUAGUCACAGUUCCAGCCUGCAUGAGUUAUACUUACAAGGACGCCUGAAAACGUAUAUUCUAACUGGAAUAGGCAAGUGUGAACGCUGAUUCGUUUCGUCCAACUCAUGCUCAAAGUGUUUGGACAAUGCUUAUUUUCGUCAGACCUGUGCUGUUGUGUGGCUCACAACUAUGAAAUGCCAAACAUGCAUGUGAAAUAUGAACUUCCCCUACCUUGAUUAUGCCGUUUUUUGGUGUUGAUUUUUUUUUUUUUUUUUUAAACACAGGUGACUGAGUUUGUUUCACCUGUAUGUUUGGCUCAUAUGCAGCAGUCACACUCUUCUAAGUAUGUGAAGCCUAAAGAGAGGUAGUAGAUCUAACACUGUAUUAAACACCAUCUAUUACUAUAUAAAUGUGGUGCGCUUCAAAACAGAAUGAAGAUGUUUUGCAUAAAGUGCAAAUUAUGCAUAUUCCCUCUCGACAUGUACCAGUGUGAAAUAUUUUUAGCUUGUAUCGUGUUUUCAUUUUUAUGUCACAAAUGUCUUUUUAUAAAGAGUAUAUAUUACAGUAUUAAAUUAA